UGUUAUUAUCAGCUAGGAUGAAAAUGGUGUUUCCUUAAAUAUUUUCUAUUUGUGGAUAAGUAGUCAAAUGAUAAGUUUUGUUGGUUUCUUACCUUCAAAGUUUUGAUCUUUGAGCUUUUGUGAUUUUUGACUUGAGUUUGUGUAUUUGAAGGUCAAAAGGUAUAUGCUUUAUUGGAUUGGUGGGUGGGGGAGUUUGUGUAUUUGAAGGUCGAAAGGUAUAUGCUGUAUUGGAUGGAUGGGUGGGUGAGUUUGUAUUUUGGGGUUCUUGCCUCUUAGUGUGAACUGAAAAUGCAGUCAAUUAAGUGGGAUGACGUGAAUUUCAUAUAGAAUUUGUUUUUGAUGAUUUUACUUUUAAGGGGUUGGUGAAUUUUUACUUUAAAUUGAUUUUCCAUUUCUUUCCAGGUAUAUUUUGCUUUCAAUUAACUGUGUCUGUAAAUAGAUGUACAUUUAUAUGAGGGAUUAAAAGCAUGAUAGUGAAAAGGGUUUAAAUUAAAGGGAAGUGGAUAACUUGUUGAUCUGAUAUAUUGUUGUGUGAUUCUUGAAUAACAGAGGCGAGGUUUGAAGUUAGAGGAUUGGGGGAGUAUUGUGUAAGGAAUUUAUAGUGAAAUGGGGAGUAAUUAUCAUUUCAAGAACUUUGGAAAUGAGCCACCAGGGGAAGGUGGAAGUGGUGGUGGUGGGAAGCAGCCGGGGAACUUUGGGUUGCCGCGGCAGCCGUCUAUCUAUUCAUUGACGUUUGAUGAGUUUCUGAGCUCAACAGGAGGGAGUGGAAAAGAUUUUGGAUCAAUGAACAUGGAUGAGUUGCUAAAGAACAUAUGGAAUGCUGAGGAGAGUCAAACAAUAGGAGGGCCUGGGAAUAAUGGGCAAGAGGUUGGUAUUCCAGGUGGGCAUUUGCAGAGGCAAGGCUCUUUGACUUUACCUAGGACUCUGAGUCAAAAGACUGUUGAUGAAGUUUGGAGAGAUAUGUCAAAGGAGCAUGGUGGUGGGAAGGAUGGAAAUAGUGUUGGGGUGCCACCAAAUAUUCCUCAGACUCAGAGGCAACAGACUUUAGGGGAGAUAACACUUGAGGAAUUCUUAGUUAGAGCUGGAGUUGUGAGAGAAGAUGCACAGUUAGCUGCUAAAUCGAAUAAUGCUGGAGGAAUCUUUGCUGAUUUGUCCUAUGCUGGGAAUAAUACAGGGCUUGCAUUUGGAUAUCAACAAUCUAAUAAUAGGAACACGGGUUUAAUGGCUGGUAGUAUCCCUAACAAGAAUGGGGAAAUUAUUAUUCAGUCUGCUAAUUUACCAUUGAAUGUGAAUGGGGUUAGAUCCACGCAACAACAGCUAAGACCACAGCAACUGCAACAGAACCAACAACCACAGCCACAGCAGCCACAGCAGCAACCUAUUUUCCCUAAGCAGCCUGCUUUGCCUUAUGGUGCUCCUAUGGGUAUCCCAAAUAGUGGUCAGUUGGGCAGUCCGAGAAUGAGGUCGGGGAUGGUUGGUAUUGCUGAUCCAGCACUCAACUCUAAUUUCAUUCAAGGUGCUUCUCUAAUGGGUGGAGGAAUGAAUAUGGUAGGUUUAGGAGCCAGUGGGGUUACUGUUGCAACAGCAUCUCCAGGUGUUUCAUCAUCAGAUGGACUUGGGAAGAGCAAUGGAGAUACGCCUUCUGUAUCUCCAGUUCCUUAUGUGUUUAAUGGUGGUUUAAGAGGCAGGAAAUACAGUACUGUGGAGAAGGUUGUUGAAAGGAGGCAGAGGAGAAUGAUAAAAAAUAGAGAGUCAGCUGCUAGAUCAAGAGCUCGAAAGCAGUGUUGUCAAAGGUGCACUUAAGCCUUGAAGCGAGGCUCAAAACGUGUUUAGCGCUUCGACUCGCUUUAUGUGCGCUUCAGUGUGGUCAUCAAGGUUCUAAGGCAAACUUUUCCUUGCCAAUGAGCCUCAUUUGAAGAAGUGACUCUAAACAAUUGAUAUUUCACUUUAUCAUACCUUUUUUUUCAAUUUCUUUGGCCAUAUGUUUAUAAUUAUUGGUCUUGGACUAAACGUAUAUAUUUGUAUUUUUUUCUCCCUUUGCGCCUUUUUUCAUUAAAACCCACAUUUUAUUUAUGCUCUGCAUAUAAAGCCCCAAUGGACGUUGGAGCUUUUUUGUGCUUAUCGCCUUUGAUAACACUGGUUUGGAAGGGUUGGAAGAAUGAUAAGCUGAAAAAGAUAAUAUACAUUUGUGUAGAAGACCUGUAGAGCUCAAAGGAAAAUAUAAAGUAGUUUCAUCUACUUGUCACUUUAUACAGUACUUGAUUAACAUCCUGUCUUUUAUUAUCCACCCAUGGACGUGCAUCUUUUAACUCGACAAAAUAUUUGAUAUGCGGCAGAAUGAUAGUGUAUUGAGAUCUAAUGUGACAAGAUUUGAAAGUUCAUGCUUCAUAGAAGCUAUAAAGAUCCCGUUUACUACAAGGUAAUGCAAUUUGUGUACGAAGCAACCAAAAUUUGUAUGACCAACACCAUUCGCAACGUAUGUAUAGCUUAGAACAUUGUGUAUUUGUCUUCCUAUAUGUAGCCUAGACCAAAAACUAGCCCAUCAAAUCCCUUAAUUUCAAAGGAUGUGAUGUACCGAAUGAUACCUCAUUUUAAUUUGUUUUACACUCUUGAGUUCAGUGAUUAUCAUCUUUUUAACUUUCUGUAGGCCUAUACUAUGGAGCUAGAAGCAGAAGUCGCAAAACUAAAAGAAGAAAACGAUGAACUUCAAAAGAAACAGG